UCGUGCAGUCAGGGAUUGCCUUCAUGUAAAUGCCGUGGUGAUGAAAACGUCUCCGGUACGAGUGGUACUAUGCAGUCCUUUUCGCACUCUCGCGACCGAAGCUUCGUUUGACCGGCGAGCGGGUCUGGGGAAGAAGCUAUUGGGCUGCCGCGCGUUAUGGGCCUGACUGUGUUCUCGUCUGCGUCCUGCUCCUGGACCCGAGCACCUUGGUUCUGGACCGGGUUCAGUCCUGUGAGAUGCCCUCGGACUCUCAGUCUCAGGAGUAGUUGGAGUGUAUGUGUGUGACCGCAUGCUGCCAGGAAUAACUGUCCAUUCCGACUCCGGUCCGGUCCGUUCUGCUGAGCCACUGGAUUAUCAGAUCUCACUCAGGAGGCACUCAGGCGGAUGCUGGAGAGGAUUCAACAUGGCAUGCAGAAAGAGCUUGUGAGUGUGUGAGUGUGUGUGUGUGUGCAUGUGUGUGUGUGUGUGUGUGUUUGCAUGUCCGCCUGUCAUGCCUGAGCCCAGCGAGCAGAUGGUUGUCUUCGGGGGGACCAUGGCCCCUGACCUCCCCCUGCAGACGAACUGCAGUUCCAACUGCAGCCUGCAGGGGGCGUCGUCGUCGCCACCAGAGCUGGACCUGCCCAAGGCGGUGGUGCUGGGCCUGGUCCUGGCCGUCUUCAUCGUCUUCGGCGUGCUGGGCAACAUCCUGGUCAUCCUGUCGGUGGCCUGCCACCGGCCAAUGCGCACGGUCACGCACGUGUUCAUCGUGAACCUGGCGGUGGCCGACCUGCUGCUCAGCUCCCUGGUGCUGCCCUUCUCCGCCGUCUUCGAGAUCCUGGGCCGCUGGGUGUUCGGCCGUCCGCUCUGUGACGUGUGGGCGGCGCUGGACGUGCUGUGCUGCACGGCGUCCAUCAUGAGCCUGUGCGUGAUCUCCGUGGACCGCUACAUCAAGGCCAGCUACCUGGAUGCCAUUUCAAGCGCCAGGACCGAGCUGGCCUGAUGCCUCGCGGUGUGGGCGCUCUCAGUCACCAUCUCCAUCGGCCCGCUGUUCGGCUGGAAGGAGCCGGCGCCCGAGGACGAGACGGUCUGCAAGAUUACCGAGGAGCCGGCCUACGCCAUCUUCUCGGCCAUGGGCUCCUUCUACAUCCCGCUAGUGGUCAUCCUGGCUGCGUACUGCCGGUGUAUGCCACAGGACUCCUGGUGCUGCGAGGGACGAAGAUUUAGCGCCGCUGAGCACGCCGAAAGCAUGAAAAAGCCAGCUGCGCUGGCCCACCGUGGCAACACGGCCGUGUCCGGAGACGCAGGCGCCUGGCAGCCGACACACAUCGCCCCGCGGCUGCCUGCCCGCGAGUAGCGCGUAAGACGCUUGGGCAUCGUAGUCGGCUGCUUCGUGCUCUGCUGGCUCCCAUUCUUCCUCGUGCUUCCCAUCAGUUCCAUCUUCCCAGCGUACCGGCCGUCGGACACGGUGUUUAAGAUCACCUUCUGGCUGGGCUACUUCAACAGCUGCAUCAACCCGCUGAUCUACCCAUGCUCCAGCCAGGAGUUUAAGAAGGCCUUCCUGAGCCUGCUGGGGGCGGCCUGCAUGAAGCGCCACGCUGGCCGCCCGCUGCCCCACGCCCACGGCCAUGCCUCGCCGCUCGGCCGCCCGCACCACUCCACGCUCUCCCUGGCCGCCGACGGCCGCACCACGCCCCGCCUCAGCGCCACCUCCUCGCUGGCGCUGUCCCGUACACCGUCGUCCCGCGACGGAGCCGAUUGGUCAGCGGCGUGCGGAGAGGGAGGGGGAGGGCGGUCCGGCGGGGGCACCGUUGGGGUGCGGGCAGCGGGGCUCUGCAGUAAGAGUCUGCUCAGGACAUGCUGCUGCUUGGGGACGCACACACACACACACACACACACACAACGGCCCGAGGCCACACACACACCUGCCAAUAAUGCCCUGCCUGUCAUCAAGAUCCACAAGCUCUCUCUGUGCGAAAAUGGAGAUUCUGUGUGAACACACACACACACACAUACACAGACACACACACAUUCAGUCAGUCAGCUGACAUGAAAGACACACUCUGAGGAGUGAACUCAUCCAGAUUCCAGAACUUGACCAAGCCACUCUGCUGGAUGACCACAUCACAGGAUGUCAGCUGCGCUGAACACAAUGGAACUGACCUGGCAGGUGAACUCCAAAGAACUUUCAGCUUCUCCUCUCCCCUCCUCCUCUCUCCUCCUCCUCUCCUC